GAUGAGGACGUGCGGGAGAAGAAGAAACGAGCGAAAAUCAAAGCAUCGGAAGCAGCAGACGACUCGUCGGAUCAAGUUGAAGAGCUGCAGUCCAAGGUGGAUGUGUACCAGUGCCAGCUGUGCGAAGGAGAAAUGUACAGCUCGCCAAUGGAACUUACCGCUCACCUCAAGGCAGAACAUCCGGACCAGAUACGUACGUGCGACAAGUGCCCGAAGGUGUUUAUGAGUGAGCCAGCCUACCAGCAUCAUCAGUAUUGUCACGCUACCCUGCGCUCUUACUUCUGCAUGUUCUGCGACAAGGGUUUUCAGACCGAAAAUCUGCUCAAAAGCCACACCCGAUCGCACACACACGUGGCCGAGUUUUUGUGCUCGCUGUGUGGGAAAAAGUUUAACAGUAAGAGCAAUCUACGACAGCAUCUGGUGCGCCACACGGGUGUUAAAGCGUGGGCCUGCACCCAGUGCCCUAGUCGGUUCUGUACCAAAGGUGCAUUAAACUUACACCAGCGAACCCAUUCGACAUUGAGGCCAUUUAGUUGCGACACUUGUGGGUCACAGUUCCACACGAGAUACUCUUUGAUCAAGCACCAGUUAAUCCAUACAGGCGAACGUCCGUAUGGCUGCGAUUUAUGUCCAAUGAGGUACGUUGUUUCUCAUAAUUCGUCUCAACCUAUCACCAACGAUAUGGUGAAGCACAUGAAAACACACCUGGGCGAGAACCCGUACCAGUGUGACCGGUGCGAAGCUUCGUUUCGAUUGCUUACGGAACUACGAAAUCACUACAAAGAAACGUGCCAGCCGGCCGAUAAUGGAACUGUUUCAUCGCCUGAAGUGGAUAAAGGCAUUCGGUUCACUAGCACAAACAUUUUAAAGAUGCGAUACGAAAAGGAAAUGGCACAAUACAGUAGCAAAAGAUACGAAGAAUUUUCGGAAAAUCGCAAAGUUAUGGCCGAAGCAACUGAAUUCCCAGCAGUUCAAAUGGAUGAUAAGAUGGCUUGGCAUUCAACGGAUUCAAUCACUUGUUGCCGCAUAUGCGUGGUACAAACGGAAGAGUACUACCCAAUGACCGAACCACUCGAGGGAUACGGAUCGAAGAGCUUACAGAUCGUGUUGGAGAAACUGUUCCCCUCGGUGUUUAAUGAAACACAGCUGGAGUACGAUUAUAGCAUGAACUGGCCCACGGCAGUCUGUCGAGAAUGUAAGCAGAAGGUUCAAGAUGCAUACGAGCUGUACGAGACGUGUCUUGACAGCGGUGAUAAGCUGCUAAAGCAAGGAUUUACCAAAGACAAGAUUGUCGAAGAGGUUCCAGUACUCACUCCGAUUGAUGUACCGACGGAAGGAUUCGUUGAAUGCGAUCUUAUUCCAGAAACCGAAGUGAAACCACCUGAAACCCUUACCAUACCCCGGAGAUCUGUGAAAACGCGUGAAAGGGAGAAAAAAGAAACGGUAACAAUCGUAAAAAGGGAAAAGGAAACAGUAACCGACGAAGAUGAAAUAGAUUUCCCCGAAGAAAUAAACACGGAACCGGACUGGGAACCACCCACACCCAAGGCCAAAAAAGCUACCAAAAAGAAGGUCGACAAAGUACCGCGAGAACGAAAAAUACCAGAAGAAAAGGGAACGGUUAAGAGGAGGAGGGGGAAGCGACAAAAAGAGCCACAGGAAACGAGAACCGAUGUGUUUCGCUGUCAACUGUGCGAAGGAACGAUGUACGAGUCACCCAAAGAGUUGACCGAACAUUUGAAAGCGGAACAUCCCACUCAGAUCAGAUCCUGCGACAAAUGUCCCAAGAUAUUUGUUAAUGAGCAAAGCUUCCAGCAUCAUCAGUAUUGCCACGCGACGGGACGUUCGUUCUUCUGUACGUUUUGUGAUAAGGGUUUUCAGACGGAAGUUCUCCUCGAGUGUCACGUUCGGUCGCACACGCGUGGGACAAAAUGCCUGUGCUCCAUCUGCGGUAAAAGCUUUGCGAAUGUGAGCAGUCUUCAUAUGCAUAUGCAGCUCCAUGACGAUAAUAAAGCAUUUCCCUGCAGUUUGUGUCCCUGUCGGUUCAACACGAAAGUUAAUCUCAACGUACAUAUGCGCACUCAUACGAAAAACAAGACGUAUACCUGUUCGACCUGUGGCUCGCAAUUUAACAAACACUAUUCGAUGGUUAAGCAUCAGAUCAUUCACACAGGGGAGCGUCCAUUUGUCUGUGAGGUUUGUCCUAUGCGGUUCGUCUCACCGUAUCACGUUAAACGGCACAUGCUAACACACACGGGUGAAAAGCCUUACAAAUGCACCUAUUGCGAUCGUGGCUUUGCACAAAGCAAUGUGCUGGUGAAGCACAUGAAAACGCACAUCGGUGAUCAUCCGUACCAGUGUGACCGGUGCGAUGCAUCCUUCCGGCUGCUGAAGGACCUUCGAAACCAUUUUCAAGAACACUACAUCGAAAGUGAAAACGGAAUCGGACCAUCGCCGGUGGUGGACGAUCAGGAUAUUCGGUUCACCAGUACCGAAAUACUGAGGCUACGGUACCAAAAGGAAAUGGGCCUGAUGAAUCAAAAGAGUGCAGGAAGCGAUGAAAAUUAGGUGGGUUUUUCUUUUAUUGGUUA